AUGAGCGAGAAAACGUACCCCACCAUUUCCUUGGCAAGUUCCAGGGAGGAUGGAUUUUUCAAUUCCCAGGCUGGCCGCGGCCUUCCCGACACCGUCUACGGCCUCUUUCUAUGUAGGGGAGAUGUUAACACCACUGCCUGCCAACAGUGUGUGGAAACUGCUACGACUGAAGUCCUACAACGUUGUCCCAAGGAAAAACGGGCAACUAUCUGGUAUGACUAUUGCAUGUUACGCUACUCGAAUGAAUCUAUAGUGUCGAGGGUAGUGUUGGUCCCAAUCACUGUAUACCUGUAUAAUACGCAGAACAUUACGGAUGAACCCAAUAGGUUCAGACAGUUAUUAGGAGAGGCGAUGAAUGAAAUAGCAUCAGAAGCUGCUAAUAGUAAUCCCUCCGGUAAGGGAUUUGCAACAAAAAUAGUUAAUUUCACGGAGUAUGAGAACCUGUAUACACUGGCACAGUGCACGCCGGAUCUUUCGAGUGUUGAUUGCGACAACUGCCUUCGAACUGGGAUCGCACAAUUAAGAAAAUGUUGUGAUAAUAAGAAAGGGGGAAGAGUUAUUGGCGAAAGCUGUAAUAUUAGGUAUGAGAUUUACCCCUUCUUUAAUUCUACUGUGGCCCCUGCACCACCGCGUACUCCAAAUAUUCCUCCUAUUCAGCCACCGCCUCCCUCACCUUCAUCAACCAGUCAAGGAAAUGGAGGAAUUUCAAAACAAGUUAUUAUUGCCAUCGUUGUACCAAUUGCUGUUUCCUUUGUGUUUUUUUUCAUAAUCUUCUGGACAAGGAGAACCAGGAAGAAAGCUUACGAUGCCUUCAAUGAGGAAAAUGACGAAGGAAACGAGAUUUCGUCAGUUGAAUCCUUGCAAUAUGACUUGAAUGCUAUUGCGCUAGCUACCAACAACUUUUCUGCUGACAACAAAAUUGGUGAAGGUGGAUUUGGUAGUGUCUACAAGGGUACUUUUUCGAAUGGACAAGAAAUAGCAGUGAAGAGACUUUCCAAAAAUUCAGGACAAGGAGCAAAAGAAUUUAAGAAUGAGGUUGUAGUUGUCGCCAAGCUUCAACACAGAAAUCUAGUAAGACUACUUGGAUUUUGCUUGGAAAGAGAAGAGAAGAUACUUGUUUAUGAAUUCGUGACCAAUAAAAGCCUUGAUUAUUUUCUAUUCGAUCCAGAAAAAGGGCAAAUGUUGGAUUGGAUUGUUGGGACAUAUGGUUACAUGUCUCCGGAAUAUGCAAUGCAUGGACAGUUCUCUAUAAAAUCCGAUGUUUUUAGUUUUGGCGUCCUAGUUUUGGAAAUCAUAAGCGGCAAGAAGAAUAGCAGCUUCUAUCAAACAGAUGGUGCUGAGGAUCUCUUAAGCUAUGGAAAGCUAGAAUUCGGGAAGUGGAGGACCAAACUUUGUCCAAGAUAUGAUGAGAUGGAGACAAUAUGUGGCAAUGAUGCAGCAACUGGAAAUGCAAGCUACGCUAGAUACAUAGAAUCAUAUUCAAAAAUUUUAGAGUUCAACUUUGUGGAAUUGAACAUAAUUGGCUUCAAAGGACUCCAAGAAGGAGGAAGUGUUGGUGAGUUGUGGCGAUUGGCAGUUGUGUAG